AUGUCAGGCCGAGGAAAGGCUGCUGGAAAGAAGGCAGUGAGCAGGUCAGCAAAGGCAGGUCUUCAGUUUCCUGUGGGUCGUAUAGCCCGUUUCCUCAAGGCUGGAAAGUAUGCCACUCGGGUUGGUGCCGGUGCUCCAGUGUACCUUGCUGCAGUCCUCGAAUACCUAGCUGCUGAGGUUUUGGAGCUUGCCGGGAACGCCGCCAGGGAUAACAAGAAGACUCGCAUUGUCCCGAGACACAUUCAGCUGGCCGUGAGAAACGACGAGGAGCUCAGCAAGUUAUUAGGAAUGGUUACCAUUGCUGCUGGUGGUGUUUUACCAAACAUCCACUCCGUCCUGCUUCCGAAGAAGUCGGCGGCUGACAAGGGCGAGACCCCAGAACACCGCGUGAAGCUGGGCGAGUUCGUGCGAGAUGACAAGUCUCUCCUAGAAGACGGUGGGAACCUGCACGCCAUAUGGAACGAAGCCGUCGAAACGCUCGCCGUGCUGACGGCGGGCAGCGUGCUACACUUCUACGAUGUGCGCACCACGCCCAAGCCGCUGCGCCUGGUGUCGCCAGACUCGCCGCCCUCUCUGCUCGCCCUCAAGUUCCGCUCCUCCACGCGCGUGCCUCUCUUCGGGGACAACGUCUCCAUGUACGCACCCCCUCCCCUCCUCACCCUCUUCCACACUGCCUUCCGCUCCUCCACUCGCAUGCCUCUCUUUGGGGACAACGUCUCCAUGUACGCACCCCCCCCUCUUCCCCCCCUUCCUCACCACCCCCCACCCCACCCUCCCCUCUCUCCCAACCCCCUCCCUCUCCCUCCCUCCCCUUCCACACUACUCAAUGGCGUUGUGGCGGACGAGGACCAUAUCCUGCUGCGGCGGCCGGCCGGCCGCUCCCUCAUGCCGUUUCCCCCUCCCUCCCCCGUGCACCCCCUCUCCCCACUCUUUGCUCUCCUUUCUCCCCCUCCCUCCCCCCCCCUUACCCUUCCGGGCAGCAACGGCAUGGUGGCAGACGAGGAUCACAUUCUGCUGGGGCUGUCCACUGGCCGCCUGCACCUCGUGUCCUGGCGCGGCCAGGUGAGUGCGCACACGCACGUGUGUGCAGCUGCGGGGCACGGCGGACCUGUGGCGCAAGCACAGCAGGGAGGUGGUGGGGUGGGGUCCAUGUAUGUUCCCGAAGCCAACGGCCUACCCAGCACGCCCCACUCCCUUUCUCCACUCAUCGUUUCUCCCCCUUCCCCCCCCAUCUCCCCCCCAGCUGUGGGGCACGGCGGACCUAUGGCGCAAGCACAGCAGAGAGGUGAUGGGACCCAUGUACGUGCCAGAAGCCAACGGCCUGCCCAGCACGCGCCGCUCCCUUCAUCCACUCCCCUCAUUCCCCUCGUUCUCGUUCUUUCACUCCCCCCCUCUCCCCAGCUGCGGGGCACGGCGGACCUAUGGCGCAAGCACAGCAGGGAGGUGGUCGGCCCCAUGUACGUCCCAGAAGCCAACGGUCUUCCCAGCACGCCCCACUCGCCGCGCUCCUCCCCACUCGCCCCCUCCUCCUCCUACCCCUACCCCGCCUCCCCGCCCGCCCCCUCCGCCGCCCCUCCCUCCACCCCCAACGGCCGCUCCAGCGGAGGAGCAGACACAGGGGGCGCAGGAGCAGGGGGAGCGGGAGCAGGAGGAGCAGGGGGAGGGGUGUCACAGAUGGUAUAUUCCCCGGCGCUGCGGCUGAUAGCGGUGGUGCUGGUGGAUGGGCGAGUGGUGCUGUGCUCCACGGGCGAGAGGGGGCUGAGGCCCGUGGAGGAGGUGACGCCAGAGAAGUGGGUGGGCGUGGUGGACGCGGCUACUGUGGCUGUGGGCGAGAGGCAGCAGCUGCUGGCUGUGGGCAGCAGAAGGGGGACGGUUGAACUGUUUGAUUUGGCCAGGAGCUCUGCACACCUCAGGACUGUGUCGCUCUUCGAUUGGGGGUACUCACUGGGGGACACGGGGGCAGUGGCGUGCAUAUGCUGGUCGCCAGACAACCUGGCAUUUGCAGUGGGGUGGAAGCUGCGUGGUCUAGCCGUGUGGUAUUCACUGGAGGACACGGGGGCAGUGGCGUGCAUAUGCUGGUCGCCAGACAACCUGGCAUUCGCAGUGGGGUGGAAGCUGCGAGGCCUAGCCGUGUGGUCCGUGUCAGGCUGUCGCCUCAUGUGCACCAUCCGCCAGGGCUCCAUGAGCCUCCUUCCCCCCUCCUCCUCCUCCUCUUCCACCACCACCGCUGGUAUCACCAGUCCCCGGAGCUCCGCCGCAGGCUCGGACCCAGCCUCCACGCCAGGCUCGGCAGCAGCCGGGUCCGCUACAGCUGCUGUGGUGAAGAGCAGUGAGCCGAUGGUGGGGGGCGUGGCGGCUGUAGCGUGGGGGGAAGAGGGGUACCAGCUUGUAGCGGCGGAAGCAGGGAUGGUGGGGGAGGUGGCGGUGGGGGUGAGGGGGCGGCAGGCGGGGCGGCUGGUGCAGUUUGCGUUUGCGCGGCAGUGCUCGAGUAAGGCGGUGGCGGGGAGCUCUCAUGUGUGGCAGGCCAUGGCUGGUGCGGAUAGGGUGCUGUUGGUGCAGAGCAACGAGGAGGAGGAGCUGAGGGUGCAGCACCUGGUCAUCCCGUGCUCAUGCAAGGAGAUCACGGGUUCAGACCGAGUGCUGCUGGUGCAGAGCAACGAGGAGGAGGAGCUGAGGGUGCAGCACCUGGUCAUCCCCCAAACGUACAUGGGGGUGAACUGGCCGGUGAGGCACGUGGCAGCAAGUGACGACGGGUCGUACCUGGCAGUGGCUGGGCGGCGGGGCGUCAUCCUGCACAACCUGCGCUCCAACAAGUGGCGCGUGUUUGGGGACGUGAUGCAGGAGAGGGCUGUCAAGUGCGAGGGGCUUCUGUGGGUCGGCAAGAUCAUCAUCGUGUGCAACCACCGGGUGGCGUCCCACUCAUACGAGCUCUGUCUGUACCCGCGUUUCCACCUGGACGAGUCAUCGCUGCUGUGCCGCCAACCGCUCCCCGCGCGGCCUAUAGCGCUGGACGCGUGGGGAGACUACAUUCUGGUGGCCACGCCCCCCUUUGACAUCAAAGUCUUUCACAUGCACGUGGAGGGAGACGUGUCACCGCUGCAUCUACCCACCGUGCAGCUGCGCACAGUGCGGGAGCUCUCCAUCAUGUCAGCGCGCAAGCCUCUCGUCGCCAUGCGCUUUGUGCCGCGCACAGGGGACGCAGACGCUCAGGCGGAGGGGGAAAGGCAGGCGGGGAGCGAGGGGAAUCGUGAGCGGGAAGGGGAGGGCCAAGGCGCCCUCACAAGCAGCAGCAGCGAGCAAAGACUGUGCAAGGAGGGGGCGCAGCAGGGGGCAGCGAGGAGAGGAGCAGGCACACAGGCAACCGGGAAAUCCGGGAAAUCUGGAAAAGGCAGCAUACGAGACCCACUGGCAGAGGCGAUGAGGCGGCAGCCCACCAAGUGCAUGCUGCUGCGCACCGAUGGGGACCUGUCUCUGCUGGACCUGGAUAGUGGCAGUGAGAGAGCGCUGGUGGCGGGGGUUGAGAACUUCUGGCUUACCCAGGGGGGGGACGAGGCUGCUGCUGCGCUCAUUGAGGAGGUGCCCUGGUGGGCGUAUGGCCACAGGGGAAUGCAGCCAGCGGAGGUGCAGCAGUUGGACCCAGAGCUCGACUUCGGCCGCAAGGUGUACCCGCUGGGGGCGUCGCCUACACCUGCUCUUUCUGCCAGCACAGUCGCUGCUUCCCAUACUCUCCGCCACCCCCUCCCUCCCUUUCCCGUCUUGCCUCCUCCUCCCAUCCCCCCAUCCCCCCCUCAACAGGUGUGGUACCCCUCCUUGUAUCACGACGCAUCAGGCCAGCCAGCAGAGGUGCAGCAGCUGGACCCAGAGCUCGACUUUGACCGCGAGGUGUACCCACUGGGGGUGUCGCCUGCCGCGGGGGUGAUCGUGGGAGUCAGUCAGCGCCUGUCGCUCUCCUCCUGUGCCGAGAUGCCCUGCUUUGAGCCCACGCCCCAGGCGCAACCGAUUCUCCCUUGCCUGCUGCGGCACCUGCUGCAGGCCCAGCCCAUCCUCCCCUGCCUGCUACGGCACUUGUUGCAGCGCAACAAGAUGGAGGAGGCGGUGCAGCUGGCGCACCUCUCAGCCACGCGGCCACACUUCUCCCACUCCCUCGAGUGGCUCCUCUUCACCAUCUUUGAUGCCGAGACGUCCAGUGCGAGCGCACGGAGGCGGCGCAAGGAGGUGAAGAAGGGCCCGAGCUUGCUGGACCGGGCGUGUGAGCUGAUCCGGCACUUUGGGGAGUACCGAGAUGUGGUGGUCAGCGUGGCGCGCAAGACCGACAGCCGCCACUGGCCCGACCUCUUUGCUUCUGCAGGCAACUCCAACACGCUCUUUGAAGAGUGUUUUGAAAACAAGCAAUACCGCACCGCCACGUGCUACAUUCUGGUGGUGGAGAAGCUAGAAGGCCCAACCAUCGGUCAGCAAAGCGCCCUGCGGCUCUUGCAGGUGGCAUUGCAAGAAUCGAUGUACGACUUGGCAGGCGAGCUGGUGCGCUUCCUGCUGCGGUCAGGGCGCGAGUACAGCCAGGCGGUGGAGGAGGACGAGAGGGCGAGCGAGAGUCUACUCAAGAGCUUCUUCUCCUUCGGAUUCACCUCCAC